UUCUAUUUUAUUUUUAAAGUAGACUGUUAAUUUGCUAUUUUCCUCACAAACAAAAUUUGGGUAUAAAUUGCUAUUUUACGCUGUCUGCAGUUGGCCAUAGACACACAGAAACACAGAGGACCACCUCAGACUGUGUGCGUAGUUUAUCUCUUCACCUCAAUUCACUCAAACCCAUUACCCAACUCAACACCACCAAACCAAACCAAAGCAUGACGUGGGACGAGUGGGGCGACAACAGCUUCUCCGACACCGACGAACAAUCACAACAACAACAGACCGACCAAGAUUCGCACUUGAAGUUCGAUUUCUUCUCGGAGCUCUCGAAACCCAAGGAUUACUAUAAGAUUCUUGAAGUGGAUUAUGAUGCCACCGACGAUACCAUUCGCUCCAAUUACAUUCGUCUCGCCCUGAAAUGGCACCCAGAUAAGCAAAAAGACAAGAACUGUUCCACCUCCAGGUUUCAAGAAAUAAACGAGGCAUAUCAAGUUUUGAGUGACCCAGCUAAGAGAAGAGAAUAUGACAAGCAAGGGAUGCUUUAUGUCUAUGAUUAUAACAUAACUGAGUAUCUGAACCGCUACAAAGGUCUUAUAUUGACAUGCAAUGGCCUUGGGAUAAGGCAUUCCAUUUGGUAAUCAACAGUUUGCACAAACAUCCUUUUUAGAGAUGCGGCAUAGUUGAGGACAAGGACCCAUUUUGGCAUGGCACAUUUGCUGAGACUGCAAGUGGAUUAGUUGAGCAAAUGGAUCGGUGUCUUAGAUGUAUUCUGGGGUUACUAUAAUUAUAUACUAAUGUAUAAAAUAGAGAGCAAGGAUAUCACCAUCACUUUUCGAUGGCUUAUGCCUCCCCCAUGUUACCUCUCUUGUAGAGUAGUGUUUGUAUAAUCUUCGUAAUGCUUAUCCAUUCGAUAUGAAAUCUUCAAUGGCUAUGCCUGGCAGGAGGCACCUGCUUGCACAUGAUAGAUUGUUGAUGUUAUACCCAGUUGACAGCGUUGUUUUGGUUGAUGGCUGUCAUGGUGGGUUUUGCAUUGUUCUUUUAGCAAUUUGAAAGUGAUUUUGGAACGGAUUUCAUCUUCAAACACUUCUAGUAAGAAGUGACUGAGGUUCUCGAGUAGCUCAUUUCACCUGCUGUGAGUAUGGUUCUAUGACUGGUCAGUUGGAAAUGGGAUCUGGAACGUGCAAAUAGUGUUUUCCUAAAUUAAAUUAGAUGGCUUCAUUAUCCUCUGUUGUUUUAUUGGGUCUUGGCGACCACCUAAGUUGGGAGUAUUUCUUGUA